CGCGCACACGCCGCCGCCUCCGCGAGCGACGGGAACCGCAGCAGCUCCGCGCCGCCGGCGCCGCCAGUACCUGCCCUCGCCAGCGCUCAGCCCGCAGCUCCGUCCUCCUGCCAGCCUCUGUGAACUCUCUGGCUCUUUUCCUUUGCUCGCCGCUUUCGUAGUUUCCCCACCCUAUAUUUUCUCAACUCCUCUUCCUUUAUCUUUAGCUACCCAGUUUUUCUUGUUUUCUCCUCUUUUUAUUGAGGAUUGCUUCUUGACCUAAGAUGACUUGUCUUCCUUACCCUCUCCUCCUUCAGCCCUGAAGACUGAAAAGAAGCCUUUAUUUUUCUUACCCCCAGUGGCACUGACAAGUCCUCAAUCCUUAAAAGCCUUAAGAGGCAAAGGGACGGGACGCGCGGGACCUUUUCGACACCCUUGUGUCGAGUCCAAAAUCGCACGAUCAUCCGUAACUAGGGUUUCAUUUAACCGCACUGGGGAGAGAGGAGCAGGGAGCAAACUUCAGCCGGCUCAGGAUCCGUGGUGUCCGCAUUUGCAGGAGCCGCGCGUGCCAGAAGGCGAAGACCCCGCGGGGAACGAGGAGGAGCCGCGAGCCUCCCUCGCCCCCUCCGCGACGCCGGAGCCGUGGACUGAGCCGCGCGGGACAGCACAGAGGCGGAGGCGGCUAGGAGAAGAUGCGGGGCUCGGGGCCCCGGGGUGCGGGACGCAGGCGGCCCCCGGGUGGCGGCGGCGGCGACCCCCCCAGCAACCGCGCGUCUCUGGCCGGCUGCUGCUCAGCACCUCGCAGGACCCCCCUCUGGACGUGCCUUCUCCUGUGCGCCGCGCUCCGGACCCUCCUGGCCAGCCCCAGCAACGAAGUGAAUUUAUUGGAUUCACGUACUGUCAUGGGGGACCUGGGAUGGAUUGCUUUUCCAAAAAAUGGGUGGGAAGAGAUUGGUGAAGUUGAUGAAAAUUAUGCCCCUAUCCACACAUACCAAGUAUGCAAAGUUAUGGAACAGAAUCAAAAUAACUGGCUUCUGACCAGUUGGAUCUCCAAUGAAGGUGCUUCCAGAAUCUUCAUAGAACUUAAGUUUACUCUGCGGGACUGCAACAGUCUUCCUGGAGGACUUGGGACCUGUAAGGAAACUUUCAACAUGUAUUACUUUGAGUCAGAUGAUGAGAAUGGGAGAAAUACCAAGGAAAACCAAUACAUCAAAAUUGAUACCAUUGCCGCCGAUGAAAGCUUUACAGAACUUGAUCUUGGUGACCGUGUCAUGAAACUGAACACAGAGGUCAGAGACGUGGGACCUCUAAGCAAAAAGGGAUUUUAUCUUGCCUUUCAGGAUCUGGGUGCUUGCAUUGCUCUGGUUUCUGUGCGUGUGUACUAUAAAAAAUGUCCUUCUGUGGUGCGACAUUUGGCUGUCUUCCCUGACACAAUUACUGGAGCAGAUUCUUCACAGUUACUUGAAGUGUCGGGCUCCUGUGUCAACCAUUCUGUGACAGAUGAACCACCCAAAAUGCACUGCAGCGCUGAAGGGGAGUGGCUGGUGCCCAUCGGGAAAUGCAUGUGCAAGGCAGGCUAUGAAGAGAAAAAUGGAACCUGUCAAGGAGAUGACCUGGUAGUUGCUGUUAUAACAUGCUCAUGUGACCUGAUAUACAUGCAGGGCUUGAUGGAGUAGGCUCAACUGCUUUUAGAGUCUAAAGCUUCAGGAUUCAGAAUGCUAGGCAGCUCAUUAACAUAAGGCUUCAACCCAGAAGACAACCAAGAAGUGAUUCAGGAGUCGCAGUCCAUUUAGCAAUUCAUGAUCUAUCAUCUUCAUGCCCCCUCAUUUAACUUCCUUUAAGAGAAACGGACUACCUUUCUCAUACUAAUC